UACAUAUCAUCACUUAUAGAGUAGAGAUAAGCAAAUUCUCGUUAUAAAGGAGGAGCAAUCUAGGACCUCUCACGUUCAACACCAAACAAUCCUUCCAUGGCUUCCUCAAACCAGCAGCCAGUUCAUCAUUUCCUUCUUGUCCCUCUAAUGUCCCAAAGCCAUCUCAUCCCCUUCACAGACUUGGCCAAAGUACUUGCAGAUCAUGGCCAGCAAGUUACCAUUGUCAUGACACCCCUUAAUGCAGCCCGGUUCAAUAAUGCAAUCAUUGACUAUGCCAUGAAUUUCAACCUCAAAAUUCAGUUUCUGCUAUUGUCUUUUCCUGGACAAGAAGCUGGAUUGCCUAAAGGAUGCGAAAAUUUGGACUCACUUCCUUCUCUAGACCUAACAGCAAAAUUCUUCCAAGCUAGCAAUAUGCUACAUGAACCUUUGGAGAAAUGGCUUCAGGAUUUAGAGUCGCUUCCCAGUUGCAUAAUUUCUGACAUUUGUCUUCCUUGGACUUCAGAUCUCGCUCUCAAGUUCAAAAUUCCAAGGGUUGUGUUCCAUACAGUUUCUUGCUUUACUCUCCUUUGCUCUCACAAUAUUAAGCGCUACGAGGUUCAAGACGGAAUCACAUCUGAUUCUGAGCCUGUUUUGGUACCAGGCGUACCAGACAGAAUUGAAUUCACUAAGGCCCAAUUGCCUGAAUCCCAGAGAAAAAGUUCGGAUGAUUUGAAUAACCUUGUAAACCAAUUUAAAGAAGCAGAACUUUCGGCAAGUGCGGUGCUGGUGAAUUCUUUUGAAGAGAUGGAAUCAGGGUAUGUGAAAGCAUAUCAGAAAUUUGUAAACAACCUUUGGUGUAUCGGGCCGCUUUCUUUGUGCAAUGAAACGACAUCAAACAAGUUACGGACGGGUAACAAGACUUCCAUUGAUGAGCAUGAAAGCUUAAACUGGCUUAAUUCCCACAAGUCAAGAUCUGUAAUUUAUGUUUGCUUUGGUAGCCUGUCUCACAUGUUGCCUCCACAAUUAAUAGAGCUUGGGUUGGGAUUAGAAGCCUCAAAUUGUCCAUUCAUUUGGACCAUAAAAAAGAUAGAUUAUACACCAGAACUAGAGAAAUGGUUCAAGGAGCAGAGAUUUGAAGAGAGGAUUAAAGGGAGAGGUCUCAUAAUCCGAGGAUGGGCUCCUCAAGUUCAAAUAUUGUCACAUCCAGCAACAGGAGGUUUCUUCACACACUGUGGUUGGAAUUCAACGAUUGAAGGAGUAAGCGCAGGUUUGCCAAUGAUAACUUGGCCGAUGUUUGCUGAACAAUUUUACAAUGAGAAGUUUGUAGUUCAAAUACUGAAGAUUGGUGUCAAGAUUGGGGUUGAGGUACCCAUGAAUGCAAAGGUGCUAACGGUGAAAAGGGAAGACGUAAAAAAGGCUAUAAAGCAGCUGGUUGAUGGAGGAGAUGAUGCAGAAGAGAGAAGGAAAAGAGCCAAAAAACUUGGAGAGAUGGCGAAAAGGGCAGUUGAAAAAGGAGGUUCUUCUUACUUGAACGCAACAUUGUUGAUCGAACAUGUAAAUCAACAGGGCAAGUCGUAUCAGAGGUGAUCAGCCCAAGCUAAAACAUUGCUGCUCGCAAAAGCUAGCACAAUUCUAUUACUACACGUUGCAAUUCCUAGGUAUCAUCGUCGCAUUGGCUCACAAAACGCGGUAAGGCUGAACGGGUGAGACAUGAUGGACGUGAGUAAGAUAUGUAUGGGCCACAAUAUUGUGAUGUUUGUCCGUUUACUGUUGAUUUUAAGCCUCUUUUUCAAGAGUGAUGGGAUGUUUGUUUAGCAUAUCUAUAUUGAGCAACCCUACGAUAUCUAUAUUGGGCAACCCUACGACUUUCCAGAGUUUAUGAUUAACAGACAGGCAGGAAGAUUUAAACUUUAAAAUAUGCUUUUUUCAUCCAGAGAUCUAUUUUUUUCUACACAUAGUAAUAAUUGUGUUAGAGAUAAAAUCGCUUGACUUUUUGUGCUAAAAACGGUAGU